AUGGAACUUUUAAAAUUAAAUGAUGAAAAUUCUUUUGAUCCAACACCGAAAUUAAAAUCUAGUCCCGUACCGAUUUUUUUUGUUUCAUUUAAUUGUGAUGAUAAAAAUUGUUUUCAUUGUGGAGAAGAGUAUACGGAAAUGACUAUUUACAGAUAUUGCAAAAAAUGUUUAUCGUAUUAUUUAACCAAUAUAACCGAUACUAAUAAUAUAUACUUGGACGUACAUUUAUUCACAAAGGAACUGGAGUGUAAUAAACAUGAAAUAAGUAUAACAAAAGUACCACAAAAUAUCCAAGAAUGCUGUAGAAAUUGUUUGACAAUAUUAUGCUUUAAACAAAUAUCUGAUUAUCGAUUUAACCGGGAUGCGGAUAGUGAAUCACACAUUUCAUAUAAAAAUUUAAUUGAAAGUGAAAAAUAUUGUAAUCUAUGUGGAAAAUUAUUAUAUUAUGGAACAGAUAAAAAGAAGAUAAUAUUGUGUUCAAGUUGUUAUCUAAUAUCUUCCGGAUGUAUCGAAUCAACCUUUACUAAAAAGUUUAUUUCAAUUAUUUAUUUGCCAUGGUGGGAUAAUGUGUCUCAGUGUUAUUUUUGUGAUGAGGAAUUAGUAUUUACAUCAAAAUGUCAAAAGUAUUGUAUGUAUUGUAUUAUAUUUUUUAUUGGGUGUAGAUACUGUUUAACAACAAACAUAAUUUUUGGAUAUACAAAUCAAUCGCAAUGUAAAAAGUGCAAAAGAAUAUCAACUAUUACUAUUGAUAUUAGAAAGAUUAUUAGUAUUAACAGUGGGAAUAGUGUUUUAGAUGAAUUUCUUGUUAGUACAAGAUCAUAUCAAUCAACAAUAGCUAAAUUUGUUGAUAAUGUAAAAAAUAUUGGUAGAUGGUUCUCGCCAGAUAUAACUGCUUUUUUAUAUCAUGAUAUUGAAACAUAUAAAAUUAUGAAUUAUAUACCAUAUUCUCAAUUUACAAAUGUAAAAGAAUUAGCGGAAGGAGGAUUUAGUAUUGUGUAUCAAGCAACUUGGUUAGAUGGUCCAAAAAAUAGUGAUAAAAUUGCUAUUUUAAAAAGAUUUAAAAAUUCUCGGGACGUUAGCAGAUAUUUUUUAGAUGAGUUAAAGUCGAAUUAUCAUUGUUAUUAUCGUUAUUUGAUUAAAACUUAUGGUUUUACAAAAGAUCCUCAAUCAGAUAUUUAUAUAUUAGUUAUGCAAUAUGCUCCAGAAGGAGAUUUGCAUAAGUAUUUGCAAAAGAACUUUAGAGAAAUUAAAUGGAUAAAUAAAUUAUAUUUCCUAGAAUAUAUUAUAAUUGGACUUACUGAUAUUCAUAGUAAAAAUUUCAUACAUCGAGAUUUCCACAGUGGGAAUGUGUUGGUAAAUUCGUCUGACGAUUGUUUUGUCGGGGAUCUAGGAUUAUCACGACCUGCAAAUGAUAACUCAUCGGAUAAUGAAAUAUAUGGAGUGAUACCUUAUAUUGCACCAGAAAUAUUUAAGGGGUCUGCAUUUUCCAAAGAAACUGAUAUUUAUAGCCUGGGUAUGAUUAUGUGGGAACUGACAACAGGCUGUAAGCCUUUUGCUAAUUUUGAACAUGAUCAUAGUCUUAUUUAUAAAAUUAUUGAUGGUGUACGACCUGAAAUUACAAAAGAUACACCAGAAUCCUAUGCUGAUUUAAUGAAAAGUUGUUGGGAUCCUGAUCCCAAAAAAAGACCUUCUAUAAAAGAAAUUUAUAAUAUUAGUGAUAAAUGGCUUCAAUCCAAAAGUAAAUCCGAUCAAUCAUUCGAAAAUCAAUUUGAUCAAGCUGAAUUAAUAAGGAAAAAGUUAAUAGAUUCAAAGAAGCUUGGACCCGAGUUCAGUGAAAAGUCUCAUCCAAAAGCUAUUUAUACAAGUAGAUCAUUAAACUCUUACAUUUCCAAAUGUUCAUCUAUAUUUUCUAAAUGUUCAUCAAUAAAUUUUACAUCAAAUGAUUACAUUUCAGAAGAAUUAAAAUUAGACAUAGAUAUUGAAAGUAGUGGGCUCAAUUCACUUGGAAUUAAGAGGAACAUUGAAGAAUUAAAUAUUAAUUCUUGUGAAAAUAAUGGAAAACGCAUUAAAAAUUAGUUUUAUGAACUCCUCUCAAAUCUCAAAAAAAAAUAAUAAUGAAGAACUAUUUAUAAGGCGCAGGUAAAAUAAUAACUUGAAACGAUUGAUAAACCGAAGUUUU